GCUUCCGUAGGCGGCAGGAGCGAAGGGACCUGCUCGAGAGAAAGAGAGAGAGAGAGAGAGAGAGAGAGAGAGAGAGAGAGAGAGAGCAUCCUUUCUUCUUCUUCUUCUUCUUUGCUUUCUUAUCCUCCUCGCCUAAAAUGACGGACAGUAGCGAGGAUAACACGUCUCUGCACGCAGGUCUGCGGUAGAACAUCGUCGGUAGCAUAUGAGAGGAGCACACACCACCACCACCAUCAUCAUCACCAUCAUCUCAGGCUGGUCUGUCUGUGCAAACGAGGAGAAGAUAGUUAUCCACACAGCGAGCUGCUCGCUCCUGCCCGCCAGCAGCAUGCACACCGGCUGCUUUGCUCUGCACGGACAGACAACAUGAAGGUGCCUGAGACUUUCCUGGUUUAGGAGAACCGGCAAAGAGAUCAACCAACCAACAAACUCCGACCCGAUGCCAUGAGAAGAGGACUGAAACAUUAGCCGACCAUCUUCUCUACACUGAUGAAUGUUUGUUGGCGGCUUCCAAAUUAUUUGGAUUUAUUGGAUGUUGAUUGGAGUUUUUAAGCGUCAGUCUUUGGACUUAUAGGACUGGCCUUUAACAUUGUGAUGCCGCAUGGCUACAGCAGCGACUUGACACUGAAAUAGUGACUCAGCACAUGGUUACAUGCCCGUAUCAGCAGCAAGUUUUGUCUUAAAUCGGGGCCUUAUGUAUAAACCGAACUUAUCACUAGUACUUGUUUGAUAUAUCAGUCCAUAGAUCAUAAGGUUCAUGUCACCCUGGAAUUGAAGCUGAUUAAAACAUUUUAGUACCUUUGACAUGCAGGGAAUCUGCGGAUGCUGCAGAAACAAGCUCACAACUCAGACUUUAGGUGUAGCUGACUGUGUAGCCUCCAUAUCCUCCUCAAUGACCCCAUGACCCCUGCAGAAGUCAGAUAGUCGGGUGUCAGCUAACCACAUGUCCUUAUCAGAGAUCUAAUAGCAACUGAUAUUGCCAACAUGGCCGCCCCGAUGAGCGCAUGCCUGUAGCGGCGUCAGCGUUGUCGUGGCUGGCCGUCACAGGACGGUCAUCUUCCUCGGCCAUGACCCGGCUGAUGUUGGGCCGGACUCUGGAGCGCAUCUGUAAAGGCGUCCUGCUGCUCUGCCUGCUCCACUUCCUCAUCAUGAUGAUCCUGUACUUCGACGUCUACACGCAGCGCUUCGACCUCUUCAGCCGCUUCAACAACGGCCGCAACGGAUCCAGGAAUAACGCGAGCGGAGCAGCAGGGAACGGACAUCACUUUUACUAUUAUAACCUCUCCAGGCCCAAUACAACGUUAGCCAGCUACCUGGCAACAGGCGAGCAGCUGGUGCCGAGUGUGCAGCCCGAGACCAACCAGACGCCUUCCCCCAAACCGCUGCCGCCGUGCCCUGAGAAUCCGCCCGGCCUCGUGGGGCGUUUGUUGAUCGAGUUCAGCUCCCAGAUGACGAUGGAACGAGUGCAGAAAGAAAACCCCAACGUGACGGAGGGAGGCCGCUACACACCUCCUGACUGUCGGCCUAGAUGGAAGGUGGCCAUCAUCAUCCCGUUCCGUCACAGAGAAAACCACCUAAAGUACUGGCUCCACUACCUCCACCCGAUCCUCAGACGGCAGAAGAUUGACUACGGUAUCUACAUCAUCAACCAGUUGGGUGAGGACACUUUCAACCGUGCCAAGUUGUUGAAUGUCGGCUACACGGAGGCUUUGAAGGACGCAGAGUACGACUGCUUCAUCUUUAGCGAUGUGGACCUGAUCCCAAUGGACGACCGCAACCUCUACCACUGCUACGACCAGCCGAGACACUUUGCCAUCGCCAUGGACAAAUUUGGUUUCAGGCUGCCCUACGCAGGCUACUUUGGAGGAGUGUCAGGCCUCAGUAAAAAACAGUUUCUGAAGAUCAACGGCUUCCCCAAUGAGUACUGGGGCUGGGGAGGGGAGGACGACGACAUCUACAACAGGAUCACUCUGAAUGGGAUGAAGGUGUCCAGGCCAGACGUUCGCAUCGGCCGCUACAGAAUGAUUAAACACGAGAGAGACAAACACAACGAGCCCAACCCACAGAGAUUUAAUAAAAUACAGAACACGAAGAACACAAUGAAGAAGGACGGCAUCAGCUCACUGACCUACAGAGUGCUUCAGGUCAAGAGAUACCCUCUCUACACAAAUAUCUCUGUGGAGAUCGGCAAACCACCGCCUCGGCCUUUCAAGGGCUAAGGAGAGAGAGAGAGAGAGGCAGAGAGGAAGAUGAGAGGGUUGACCUUGGAGGGCAAAAACGACGAGAGGAAGAGAGUUCAAAAGAGGGGAAUAAAAAGAACACAUUGUAAACAUCUGGACAGAUGUGGGAGCGAAAGAGAGGGAAAAAAUGACAAGCACAUUAUGGUCUCUAUCUCCCUCUUUACCCCUCUCUCUGUUUUUGUUUUUAGAUUUCAGCCAUUUCCGUAACCAGGACUCAGGCGCUUUCCUCCUACAACUUUUUCAAGCAGCCAAUGGCCUCACAUCUCCUACCUUUGCCAAUCAGUGACUUCAGAAUUAAAGAGUGUGGACAAAAAGCUCUAAUAUCAUGGCUGGUCAAAGGUUGGAGUCGAAUUUGGAGCCUUCCCAUUACUAAUUGUUUGUAGACUGAAGGACAUCCAAUGACAUAUCAACAGGACUUAUUGUUGGAUGAUUUUAUUUCAAACUUUGGAAGGUUCUCUUGGCUUCUUCGGAAAUACUGGCCAGCAUCAAGAAAGAUUUCUUGGAAUAUUUGACCAAGUUCAUGGAAACAAAAUGGAUGCAAAGACAAAGACACACCUGCUGGUUUGGAAAUGAAAUAUCAGAACAAUAGCAAACCCGGUGGACAACAAACCUUUGAAAUGUUACUUUCCAAGCAUCCACGGUGGUGAUCAAGAAAAUGGGGACUUCCAUUAGAGGCAAACUGUAACAUUAAGUAAAUAUGGUGACAUGAAGGUAGAGUCCAUGGAAUUGUAUCUGAUGGACUGCACAUCAAAGAAAUCUCACUCGCAACUUGACAAAUGAUGCUAAUAGACGAUUUAAUAUUGACACUUUUGUCAGGGAGUCACCUGUUUGGAUCUAAUUACUCAAUCAAAUCCUCCGAUAUCAAUUAAUGAAUGUGUAUUGUGCCUGCAUCUACUGCAGGAGACUCAAAACAGUGCUGGGACACGCUGAUAAAACAUGUUUGUCAGCAGCAACAAACUCAUAAGAACUCUCUUUUUGUUCUCUCUCUUUUUUUUAUAUCUAAACUAAAACUUUGGAACUGACUUUAGUGGAGUGAUGGAAAAGUUUUGCAACAAAUGUAAACAUACUGAAGAUAUGAAAAGUUUUCUCCGUGUGGUUGGAGCUACCUUUGGGAACGCAAGGAACUGAAGACAACAACAAAGAUUUACUGACAGCUCAGUCAUGAUUGUAACCCCAUGUGGCACAUAUCGGAGAUUAGGUUCCUGGAAACUUUGUUUUUUCACUUCACUCGAAGAAAGAUAAAAGGUUUCUUUUGGUAAUCUGUGCUCUAAAGGUACAUGUUUGUCUUUACAAGAUUCAGAUAGCUGGAGGUAAAUGAAUCACCCUUAGAGUACAGAUUUGAUGAGGUAGAAAUAUUGAUAUCUCAUUACAAAACUGGGCAUUUACCAUGUUUUAUGAAGAUAUAUGUGGCACAGAGGAGUUGAAUAUGAGAAAUGAGCUGUCAGGAUAGAGUCAUAAGUCAUGUUUUACAGGAAAAGGCAUGUGGAUAUGUAACUUUUACACUGGCUCUAGAGGAAAGGUAAUGAAAUUUGAAGGUCAUUUUUUAGCCUACAAUGUAACCUGGGAGUCAGAUUUUAAAAGUGUCUCACGUCAUUAACUGUUGCGAGGCCAUUUUCUCUCUCUGCUAUGUUUUUUUUUUUCUUUCAAUCUUUAAGAAAACUGAAGACCACCAUAUCUGGAAAGAGGAAAUUAAGAGGUGAUCGUCUUCUGUUGGUGGAAAUUGUGAAUAUGAAGGCAGUAAUGAGAAGUUAUCGUUCAAGCGGUUUGACUGACAUCUCUAUUGCUGCUUCAGAUUUUAUCAUCAUCAGCUGUCAGUUCUGUUCGGCGGAUUUCAUAAAUGAUUCAAACAGUCUGAGUUGUUGUUUUUUAAUUAUUGUUUUAAUUUUAAAACUUGUUUUUGUCUCAUAUGAGUUUCAUAACUUUCCUCAUGUGAAAACCUAACAAACAAAAUAUUUUAUCAUAAUUUUCUACAUCUGUAUUGAAGCAGUUGACUGUUUCAUGCUUUGAUACGUCACUCUUCUUCCUGUUUCUAUUUGCGUCUAUUAUUGAUGUUCUUACUGUUGACGCCUAAACACCAAACUGAUGCCUUCAGACGUUAGCUAUAGUAAGUUGCAGACAGGGUUAUUUUUCAUUUGAAGGUCAUUUUUUGGGGGUGUAAAAUCAGUCAAUGAAGAUGUGCAUUUUAAUGUGCAUAAGUUAUAAUACAGUAAAGAUCAUGAAAAAAAAAAUACACAGAAGAUUUCUGUGUAACGCUGUAACUAUUUGAAUUUUGUAUCAUUUAGGGCUUUUAUUUUGGUGAGAAUUGUAUAUUGUUUGCCUUCUCUUUGGUCAGCCUUGAGGCAUAAACGUUCCCAUCUGUUUGGCUCUCUGUUAUCUUCGCCUCAAGCUCAAACACACAUUCACAGAGUCUUCCCUCCUUUCUUUUCAUUAUCUCGUCUUUCAUUGCCUUUCUUUCUUGCUCUGGCGAGUCCAGACUGUGUGUGUCAAUGGCACUCCGUCGUGCUUUGUGGUGGACCCACUUCAGACGCAGCUGUGUCUCACAAGAAUGCUUCUUCUUUCAAUAGAUAUCGACAGGGCCUCUUUUUGGGUUUCUGAAUCUUACUGUACCUUUUAUUUUUAUUUUUCUAUUCUCUCCCCUCUCAGUACACAUCCCCACUCUCUGUCUUCCCUAUUUUGCAAAACAACAAAACAUCUGACUAUCCUUUUUUUCCUUUUCAUCCUUUCUCUUUUCCUUAUUUUGAUACUUCAGAGUGCAAAACUGUCCUGUCCCCAGUGGGCAGACUACAUGUGGGGAGGUCAAUACAAUCUUUUCUUUAUACCGUUUACAGCUUACCCUGUGCAAUAUUACAGAUUGGUUCACAUCCGCCCCAUAUCCUGCUUUCAAUUAGGAUAUGAGGCAAUAGCAUUUUUAAGAGUUGGUUUCAAUUCAGUUUGUACUGCAGUCAUAUUUGUUGUCCAAAAUUGACUUCAUCUUUUGUCUCUAAUUCAGCUGUUGAUUUAAAAUCCUUAUCAUCAGUACAGGACAGAUAAAAUAACAGAUGUUGCUUCAACGUUUCCUGUUCUGCACUAUUAAAGGGGCACUCUAGCAAUGUAGUGUUUUACUCUCAUAGCAUUGGGUGACUUCUGAAAGACAGAUUUAGAAAAAAGAAUGGUUCAAAUUGGACUUACUUUUAGUCCCUUGCAUGUGUUAAGAUCCAAAAACACUGGCUCCUACAUUGCCCAUAAUGCACCUGGAUAGAGUCCUUCAUAGAGUUGUGAAGUUGGAGUUGGUUGCUUAAGUGUUAACAGUUUAAGCGUUUAUACUACUUGGAUCUGCUUGAAAUUAAAUCAGACUAAACAAAAGAUGAACAACUGUGUUCAUCGGAGUCAAAAUAUUGGAUGAUACAAUUCCCAAGGUUUAUUUUGGCGGGAAAAAUCCAAUCACAGAGCGAGAGAAAAGAGCUUGAGAAAACUGAUUUUACAAUCUGCAGUUCAAAUGAAUUCAAAAAAUUGCCUGAAGCAUUUUGAAUUCACUACAGCUCUGACUGGCUUUUAUUUUAAAGCCAUGGCACCUGAAGCUCAUGGGUAUUGUAGUAUUUAGAGCCGUCUGCCAGAUUGACAGACUGCAAGUGAUUUUCAAAGUAAAAUCUGGUGGUUAUAUCCUAAACCUGUAGGAUUGUGACAUAAGUGAGUUCUUCGUGGAUAUUGCUUAAAGAAAGGUUUUAAAUGGGGAAAAUUCUUGUGGGACAAGCAGUUCUGUCUACUUCACAACUCUAUUAGACUCUUGCUCCUAAAUCCCCACACCUCCAGUUUAUAAAGCAGGCUUUGCAUUCAAAAUUUAAGGUCUCAAGACCAAGCUAAGAUAAACCCUCCAGAGCCACAGAAGACAUUAUACAGCUGUUUUCACAGGUUGAGUCAUACUCGUCAUGGUCAGUUAACUAAACUUCAUACAUAAACUCUGUGGAGAGCCCCUUUUAAAAUUCUGGCUCCAUCAAUGCUACUCUGACAGCUUAGAGGAAACCCUUUAUGAAGAAAAAAUGAAGGAUGUAGCAAGAGAGACAUGACCCCGGUGUGUAUAAACAGUAACUUGGGAUAUAGAUGUAAAGAUGAGCAACAGAAACUUCUGCAAAAAAAAAAAAAAAAGUAUUUGAAACGUUUCCUUUACUUGAGAAUAAGAACGACCGUGAGGAGCGACUGAUGUUUCUUAUUGGACUUUUGAAGCUGUUGCAGUUGUCGAGCAAACCUCAGGCGGUUGAGUAUUUGAAACGUUUCUUAGAAAUACAUUUUUUGCUCGUCUGCUGCAGAGAGCUGACAGGACUUUCAGGCCUGUUGGGCAUUUUUAAACAUUUACUGUAUCUCUAGCUAUGUUUUUGUUUUUUGUUUUUUGUACAUUGAAUGUUGAAAAUGUUAUAUCUUAUAUAGAAUGCAUUAUGUCAUAUCAAAC